GGGAGGAACAACUAUUCCUACUUGGCAGAAGAAUUUUGGAAAUAAUUUGCUUUGGCAAGAGAAACCUGAAAUUUAAUGACUUGUUAUGGAAAAGCUGGAGUUCCAAGUCCAGGAGCAAGAUGAGAAAGAAGUAGUCUCUGUUUCUCCUGAUUCGGGCGUCAGUCUGUGCGAGUCUGAUGACAGCGGCAAAGAACAGGAAUGCUCCUUAAGUGCGAAAGGUUCGACUGAAACGCAGAGCAAACUGUGUGAUGUCAGGUCUUCCCCUGAAGCAAAAUGUUAUUCUCCGAAUACACUAGAUCCAUUCUUCUACAAAUAUGGAGGUUCAGAUAAUAGAAAACUGACAUUACUCAAAUCUUUGAGUCAAGAUAGUGAAUAUUCUUUAGAUAGCUCCCUCUUCGAUGCCGAAGAAUUUCUGCAAGAACUCGGAUUUGCGGGAACCAGCGAUCCCACGAUUCCAGAAAGAUUUCUACCUUCCCUUUUACAGCGUCUUUCCCAGUUCCCAGAAUCAGAAAUUCAAACUUUGAAUGAUAGAAUAGUGCAGUCCAUUGGAUGUUUCAGGAGAAAGGAAGGGAAGCGACGACUCUUCAGGAAUUUGAGCAUCGGACGAGAGUUGCAGUCUCUGCAAGGCGGCGACAAGAACUCUUUGAUGUGUCCUGCGAAUAAUUACCCUCUACUACGUUCGAACACUGGUCCAGCAGCAUUUUCGUGUGAAGAGCCAACUCUGACGACAGAUUCUGGUAAUUCUUUGCCAGGGGUUGCAGUCAGUACAGACAGUAGUAGUAAAGUGUCUCCAGCUAUUUCGUUUGAUGACGAAAAUCUUCCAUUGAGCCCAGUUGCGAUUUUGGUAUCUUCAGACAGUGUAGACCAAGAGAUCAAGUUAAGAAAUUUUGCAACAGCAGAAAAGACAGAAAAUGUGUCAUGUAACGGAAACGAGUUUGAUACUUGCGAUUCUGAUAGUACAAAGGUAUCAGAAUAUUCAAAUGAGCAGAAUAACAGUAAAAACGAAAUUGACCUUUGUGAUGCUGAUCUUGCGAAGAUAACAGAAAAUAAUUCGAGUGAACCUUCAAAUGAAGAGAGUUAUGGUAAAAAUGAAUUUAAUCUUUCUGAUUCUUAUUAUGCAGCAAUAACAGAAAAUUCAACUGAACCUAGCGUCGGUACAUCUGAUUUAGAAAUACAACACCUUCCGGACAAGUAUCAAUCGGAAAAAGAGAAAAGGCUGAAGCGUGAUUUUAUUGAAAACUACGAAAAAGAAAACAUUUACCCGAAUACGGAAAGAAACACAAAUGUAUUUGUUAAGUGUAAAUUUAAUUCCACAGAGUAUACAGACCAGGAAAACACUGCAGCACCUGUUGUUGCAAACGUUAUUUAUAGUGAUACAUCAUCAGCUGAAUUGUCCAAAACAUUAGAUGAAACGUUUGUUUCGAAAUCUGAGAAUUCCAUUCCUCAGCAAUUGUAUUCUAUUGAAGGCAGUUCAAAAUGUUUAACUACAAAAAAACCUUUAAAAAGGACUUCUAAUUCUCAGUUAUUACAGGAUGUUAAAACAUUUUCCGAUAAUUUCAUAAAAUCUGAAGAUAAAGAGUGUAGUAAUUAUGUUCCUAUUGUUGCUAAUGAGAAUACAGAAGCUGUGAACUAUGAUUUCUCUGCCCGGCUCUUCUGUCCGGAAGCUGUGAACUAUGAUAUUCCGGAAAACUCUAUACAUUCAGAGUUUUUUUCCGCUCCUGAUACACAUCGUUCAGAAUUGGAUUUAAAAUAUGAAAACACUUCUCAGAGGGAUUUUAAUGCGAUUCAAAAUGAAAAUAAAUUUAAAAAUGAAAGAGUUAAGAAACUUUUACAUUCCAAAUCUGUUUCUUUAACAAACUUUUUAUCGUCUAUGCUGCAUAGCAAAGAUGAAAUACAGUCAUUAAAUUCAGCUGCUGGCCAAAAUUUUAUCUCAUCUGACGUAGUAGAAAAUAACUGUAAUGGUUUGAAACAUCUUUCAAAGCAAUCCAAUAAUCGUGUUCAAAAUAUUGAAAGUGUUUCAAAUGUUGCUCAUCAUCUUCAAGAUGAAAAUAUUGCUAAAGACGUUUCAACUGUUGCUCAUGAACCUCAUGCUGAAAAACGCAUUCCCCAAAUCUCACCUAAUCUUGCCACUAAUCAAAUGUUUCUUGAAUGUAAUACGUGUUGUGAUAAUGAACAAUUUAAUAAACUUUCUAGUCGUAAACGUCGUAUCCUAAGAAGAAUGUCGUCAUCAUUACAGUGCCCCGAGUUUUUUGAAGCCAGUGUUGAUUUGCAAGAAUCUGUAUACACCGAUAUUAUAACAGAUAAUGAUUCUUUGGGGAAUGAAACCUAUCUUGCCAAUGAAAAUCGCCAAAACCUUCCUCUUAGAAAAGUUAAAUCUCUUCCUUGCGGUUCAGAUCUUCAAGAAACUCGUGUUUUUGCCCAAAAGAGAGGGUUUUGCGGUUGUGAACUCUUAAAACGUAGCUAUUACAGAAAUGCAUCCCAGAAUGAUAAUACAUUUCAUGAAAACGAUACAGGGAACAACUGCAGUCCCCAGUUUUAUCGUCAACCAAAAUCUGUUUCGAGAUCAGCUCGAAAGAGAUUUCUUUCGUGUCCUUCAUCUAAAUUAAAAUUUAGUUUUAGUUCUAGCGACAACUUAAAAGAUUUGUCUCAGAAUUUAAAUCUAGCUAAAUGUGAAUGGAAUUCUAGUCCAUCUCUAAAUAGUUGCAAUAGUUCAAAUAAAUUCGAUUUUACGAAAACGGUUCCUCAGUCUGGAAACUGUCGGAUGGACUGCCCCAUCAGACCAUAUUAUUCUUGCACAGAUUUUGAAAUUAAUAAAGAAGAAUUUUUUGCAGCUAAAGGCUGGAGUUCAAACUCUUGUAGAGAUCCUGUUUCCACUGCUCCAUUCAUGUCCCCAGUACAGACUAACGAUAUUUUUCCAUCUGGAACUACUUCAGACAAUCGAAAAUAUCCACUAUGGUCUUCCACACCAAAUAUCAACUUAGCUGCUUCAAAAAAUGCUUUCACAUCUGCAUUAAAUUCAACAACGAACGCAUUAGAAUCAAAAAAAUGUAUUACGGAUUGUCGGGCAUUUAGACCGAGAUUGCAUAGAUGGGACUCCUCUUCAAUGCCAGCAGUUGAUGAAUCUUCAUUCCAAGACGAAGUAUUCAACACCAGGGAGUUGGAUACAUAUUGCUGCUUGCAUCAAAAUUUACCGGAGUUCAGAUGUAGAAAACGCGAGUUUUUAAAUCCCCAAAAUGGUAUAAACAAUAGAAAUGGUAAUGACACUUCUCGUACAAAAUCGUUUGGCAAUCAUUCGUGUAAGAAUCAUUGUAGCCGCGAGUUUGAUACAGAUUCUUCUAACUUCCAUAAUUCGUUUUCUUCAGACUCCUCUCUGUUUCGAAAUAGUUGUAGCUUUGUUAAUCUUCCGAAACAUUUUACUCAAAGUAAUGGUGUUAGUUGCCCGCUUUGUAUUUCCAGGUCAUUGCCUCUUCAGCAAAGAAAUGGGCAUGAAAUGAUAUAUCCGUCACUUACGACCCCUCAUACUACUACAAUAAAGAUGGCAGAAAAAAUACUAGAAUCCACGGAAGUCGAUAAAAAAAAUCAGUUAUCUCCCAACAAUAAAAGUGAAGCUUUGCUAGAGAGAAAAAUUCGUGUGUUUUCUAAGAUUCUGACUAGUUUAGGAAGUCUUUCAAAACUGUCUGACAGCAUAGAUAGAAGUGCAUCCUGCGAGACAACAAGUGACGUUGCAGCAAAAAGACCUUUGGAGGAUUCUGAUAAGGUUUUAACAAUCGUUAAUCACAAUACACAACGUAAUGUAAAAGUCGAAGGGCAAAAGUUAACAUCUUCUACCGAAAUCGAUAAAUUGCUCUGCAUAUUGAAAACGUUAAACGCAAACCAGAAUGGGAAGAAAUGUUCUGUUGUGAGAUCGGACACUUCAGAUUUGUGUAAUACAAAGGAAUAUAAAAGUAUAGAAAAUUUACCAAACACUGUUUAUCGAAAUGAAGUAUCUUUAGAAGCGCCUUUUGACAAGAGUGGCGUUCGAAGCAGUUACAAGCCUGUUUGUUACACUUCUUCUGUUUCCUUCAGGAUUAAUAUGGAGGAAUGUAGCCCAGAAAGCAACGGAAAUAAAAGUCCCAUUAGUGAGAAAAUAUUGCAUGCUAAUGAAUUCAGAACCCCCUCUCCUCUUCAAGAUCAGAUGCCGUUCAGGGAAGUUUCGAAAGACCUUGAAGAGCUUCAGAAAUCAAUAAAAAAGGCCAAGGAGACUAGAAUUUCCGCUUCGAAGGAACUGCACAUCUUGCAGGAACUACUCUCUAGAGACUGCAUAGAUGAAUUCCAUGAAAGAAGUUCAGCAAAAGAAAAAAGGAAACUUUUUCGUCUUCCAUCAGACAAGCAAAUGAAAGACAAAAGGCGUGAGAGCGAUUUAACAGAAGAAAAUUUCCUG